AUGGGUUUCAGUUUUAAACAGAGUGGUCAGGAAUGGCCUCAGGGAGAGGUGACUUUUGACCAAAGACCUGACAGACGAGGCGACCUCAGCCCCAAGCCCACCGUCCGUCACGUCUGGGCCGCGGUGGGAUGGGGGGAUGACCCGAGGACUGAGCCCCCUCUCCUCCUCUCCCAGGCUCCCGGAGGGGCCGAGGCGGAGGCUGUGACCCUGGUGCAGCUCAUCGACGAGCACGGGGAGUACUCGACCGCCUGCCUCGUCCGCAGAGGGGCGGCGGUGGGGCGCUCUGGGAAGGGGGUGCCAGGCUCGCUGCGUGAGGUCCCCGAGGGGCCGGCACGGCCCAGGCCGUUCAGCUGCGCGGCGUGCGGGAAGGCCUUCAAGCGCUCGUGGGAGCUGCUGAGCCACGAGGUGGUGCACACCGCGGCGCGGCCCUUCCGCUGCGGCCUGUGUGCAGCCGCCUUCAAACGCCACUCGGACUGCAAGAGCCACCGGCUGGUGCACAGCGACGAGCGGCCACAUGGCUGCGACGCCUGCGGCAAGCGCUUCAAGAGAGCCAGCAACCUGCAGGAGCACCGGCGCAUCCACACGGGCGAGCGCCCCUUCCUCUGCCCAUCCUGCCCGAAGCGCUUCAAGACCCCCUAUGAGCUGCACCGCCACCAGCGGCUGCACGCCACCGCGCCGCCCUUCCCCUGCCCGGACUGCGGCAAGGCCUUUGCCGCUGGGUCUGCCCUGCUUCUGCACCGACGGCAGCACUGCGAGGAGCAGCCCCACGCGUGCGCAGUGUGCGGCGAGUGCUUCGCCUAUGGCCACAGCCUGCGGGUGCACGAGCGCGCGCACACGAGCGAUCGGCCCUUCACCUGCCAGCUGUGUGCCAAGGCCUUCAAGCAGUCCAACGCGCUGGCCUCUCACCGCCGCGUGCAUUCGGGCGAGCGGCCCUUGCCCUGCGACACCUGCGGCAAGGCCUUCUCCCGGCCCUCGCUGCUCCUGCAGCAGCUCCGCGGGCACAGCCCUGUGCGCCCUCACGCCUGCCGCUUCUGCCCGAAGCUCUUCAAGGACCUGAACUACCGUGCGGUCCACGAGAAGGUGCACACGGGGGACACGCGCUACAAGUGCCGCAUCUGCAGCAAGGGCUUCGCGCAUCCCAGCAACCUCCUGCAGCAUCAGAGGGUGCAUCGGGAUGGGUGAGGGCUGGGUACCAGGCAAUGGGGGACCAAGGAGGGCCCAGGAUCCCCAGAGCUGGAAUGAAGGGUAAUCACGUCCAGUUGAGGCUCUGUUCAGGACAGUGCCAUCCAAUAGAACUUUCUGCAAUGCUAGAAAGAUUCUGCAUGGACGCCAUCUAAUAUAUUAACCACCAGGCCCAUGUGGCCCUUUGAGUGUCAGAAAUAUGGCUAGUGCCCCUGUAGAAGUGAUCUUUUUUUCUUUUUGGGGGGGUUGACUUUUUAUUUUGAAGUUGUUUAAGUAUCACAAAAAUUGCAAAACUAGCACAGAGCCUUCCCCUCUGCCCUUCCCCCAGCUCCCCCCAUGAUAGUAUCUUAGAUACCCACAGGACAUGGUGAAAACGCAGGAGAUUGAUUCUGGUACAGUUCUGUUAACUCAGGUACAGACCUUAUUCAGAGUUUGCCAAAACAUAAAUGAAUAUUUAAACUCACUACAUUUUAAGGAGCUUCAUGGGGAGAGUAUAGCUCAAGUGGUAAAUUAUGUGCUUAGCACGCAGAAGGUCAUGGGUUCAAACCCCAGUACCUCCACUAAAAAUAAAUAAACCUAAUUACCUUGCCCCGAAAAAUGCAGUAGAAUCAAAUCCCACUGAGGAAUACCAAGUCUGAAAAACACUUUUUGAGCUGAGCGUAUUUAUAUAAAUAAACAGCAAAUUUCUCUUCAUGUCAAGAUGCCCUUAAACAUUAACCUUCCUCCCUCCCCAAUUCUAGUCAUGAUGAAGGUAAAACAAACGCACUUCAUUGUUAUCAAAGAAAAAGGUGCAGAAUCUAAGAACAAAUUUACAAGGGGCAUUUUGAAAAAAAAAGAAGAAGAACAGGCAUUUUUCAGUGUGACCCUCCCAUCCUGUUCUCAUGCCAAGUACAAGGAUCCUCAUCAUUCAACACGGUUUUGAUUGUUACCAGCGUCACACAUCACACAGGAUUGAAAAGUACACCUGCAGCUGUUAUCAGUGCCUUAAGCCCUCUGGUUCUCUGCAGUCCAGUGGACUCAGGGUGCUCAUGAGAGCAUUUGCUUAUGCCAAACAGAUGACUUGGUUUACAGUACAUUAACAGAAAUUUCAUAUACAUCCAAAGUCCACUACUCCAUUAUAAAGUUCAGGAGUCAAAAAUUACAUGAGUACUAGGGCUAGAAGGUCCUGUAGCCCACCCAUCCCCUUCCCAAAUGCCUAAAAAAAAAA